UGAUCAGUUCAUUUUACUAUGUUCCUAUGUUCCUGUUUUGUUUUGUGUAACUUAGUGGGAACUGUGCGUCAUUGCGAACCCUAAAGAAGCCAGUGGUUGUGAUUCUUGCCGCCGGCAACUUUUACGGUGACUUCUCCGGCGUACGCUACUUAUUAAGCGCAGCUUCUUCUCUAAUCAGGAAGAAUGAGGCCCACAAUGAUGCUCAGGGUUCUGAACAAGCAGUUUCUUGGAAUUGUUGGUGAUGCAGCUACUGCUGUCGCUAAUAAGCCACCCCCACCUCCUGUAGUAUCGCGCAAACCGGCCUUCAUUGAUGCAUUCUUGUACAAGAUGAAGAAGAACCCAAGUCUUUUGUCCAACAAGACCAUUUGGUCUCGAAGAUCCACUAUCUUGCCAGAGUUUGUUGAUACUACUGUCAAGAUUUACAAUGGGAAAACCACAAUCCGUUGUAAGAUCACUGAGGGAAAAGUAGGUCACAAGUUUGGAGAGUUUGCUCUCACCAGGAAACGCAAGACCAGAGAACAAGCCAAUGCCAAAAAUGUUAAACAACAAAAGAAAAAGAAGUGAUUUUUUUCUGUACUUCUGGACCAAAAUAAUUUCAUGAAUAUUUUAUUUUCUGCUAUAUUUACAUCGACCUGGUUAUUUCUCAGGUUCUCUAGGUUGCUUGUGAAGACCUAACAGAAUUCCCUGAUAGUUGACAGUAAUUCCUGUUAAAUUGGUUCUUUGACCAUCUAAUGCUUUCAUUUGAUGUUAUUAUAUAUUAGCUCGUGAAAGGUAGAUCAGUGUUGGAUCAGUUAA